AUGAACAUGGUUGAGGUUGCUGUCAUUUCUGAGAUGAUUAAAAACCUCAAAAAAGAGUUUAAGAGGACACAAGAGAAAGUUAGCAUUGUAGUUAUCUCUCCAUAUAAUGCUCAAGUCUAUGCAAUCCAGGACAAAAUUAAGGAGUACACUUCUGUUUCUGAUACUGAUUUCUCUGUGAGUGUUCGUUCUAUUGACGGUUUUCAAGGUGGAGAGGAAGAUAUUAUAAUAAUGUCUACUGUUAGAUCAAAUGGGAGUGGAAAAGUCGGUUUUCUUUCAAAUCGGCAAAGAACCAAUGUGGCCAUGACUAGAGCAAGGGUGCCAAAAUGCCCAUCAAUGUUGAUUGAUGAUUAUGUAGAUCUUCACAAGUCAAAGGGAAUGGAUGCAACCAAGUCAAUCAAUGGUGAAAAACCGGGCAGCAGCAUUAACCGUAGCUCUAAUCAAAAUCAAUCAAAAAAAGGAACUCGACAAGAAAGUGUUCAAAAUCGGGCAAAAUUCAACGAAGAAGAUGCAAUCACAAAUAGAGAAGAAGAAAAAGAUGUUGAAAAGGACGAUAUAAAUGAUGAAAUUCAAGAGGAUGACAUAAAUGAUAAAAUUCAAGAGGACGACCUAAAUGAUAAAAUUCAAGAGGACGACGUAGAUGACGAAUUUCAAGAGGACGACAUAGAUCUAGAUGAUGAAUUUCAAGAGGAGGAUAUAGAUGGUGAAUUUCAAGAGGACGACGUAGAUGAAGAAUUUAUGGAGGAUGACAUAUCUAACGAAUUUCAAGAGGACGAUCUGGAUGCUUUACUCCUAGAAGACAAACUUGAAUGA